AUGCAUCUGAGCAGUUACAUACCGCUACUUGCGGCUAUAGGAGCGGACUACGCCCUCGGAACCCACAAUCAUCAUGGGAGGCACGGCCAUGCCCGCCUCAAACGUCAUGCGGAGCAUUUGGAACCGAGAGAUGUUGACUGGCUCGACCGGAUCCCGGCAGACAUGAUGAUGGAAAUCCGCACCACUACAACGACCGUUUUCGAGGACUGCCCAUCAACAAAGACCAUCGAUGCUACUACUACCAUCUUCGCACAAUUGAUACCCGUGCCGACGAGUGCACCCGCCGUCGCAACGCCCGACAUGCCCGAGCCCUCAAAGCAGGAGAUGGCUCACUCGACACCUAACUCCGCCAACCUGAAUGAAAAUAAGCCUAUGCGGGAUGAGAAAACAACUACCAUCCAUAUAACAACUACCGUUGAUAUAACUACCACAAUAACGAUCAUCAAAGCUGCUUCCGCAAGUGUUGGCAUGAGCAUUGUGGGCCCGUCUUCCACAAAUACCUCGAUCGCAACAAGAUCAGUCGAGGCUUCUCCUGCCCCUGCAGCCCCGACGACCACUACGAAACCCAAAGCACCAGCCGCAGGAGGUCUUCUGCCCAAACUACCGCCGCUCCCUCAAUUACUCGAAGACGCACCUAAGGAUGUCGUCUCCCAACUCCCACUUUCAGACCUCCCAUCGUUGCCAUUGGGUCAAAUUCUUGACCCCAGUGGACCUACUGUGCCAUCAAAUCUUGACUGGACGGCCAUUCCGGCCGAUGGAAACUUUGCCACCGAGCGCUUCGGGGGCCGCAGCAAGCCGUCCGGGUCCCAAAUCAAAUAUCACGGCAAUGUCGGUAUCCCCUGGGGAAGCAACGUUAUUUUGGUGAGUCCGACCGAGGCACACCGAUACAAAUACGUUGUCCAAUUCAUCGGCCCCAACACCCAGCCUUGGACCAUCACCAUCUGGAACAAGGUGGGACCAGACGGGAAAAUGGACGGGUGGUACGGUCACUCCGCAUUGACAUUCGUGCUUGCGCCCGGCGAGACGCGGUAUGUCGCGUUCGACGAGGACUCGGAGGGAGCGUGGGGCGCCGCGCCUGGAACCAAGGGUCUCCCCGUGGACAACUGGGGCGGGUAUACGUCGACGUGGGGUGAGUUCUCCUUUGGAGAUGCUGAGAAUGCUGGCUGGUCGGGCUGGGAUGUCUCCGCUAUUCAGGCGCAGAUCGCCCAUCAAGAUGUUCAGGGCAUGCGGAUUUGUAUGGCAGAUGGACAAGGGUGCUCUAUCAUUACGCCGCAGGCGAAGAAGGUGGUUAAUGCGUAUACCGAGUCCAAGCGGCACCAUGAUGGCAUUGGGGGCGCGGCCGCGCCUGGGCCAGUGAGGUUGGUGGUGGAUAUUGAUUACCAGGAGCCAGAAUAA